GUUUCAUAGGCGCAGAACCCUCUUUUUUAAACGAACCCUCUAAAAGACAAAAAAUAACAUACAAAAAUUAAUUACGUUGCAACGCCGCACGGAAAUUUUAAAAACGUUAUACCAAAGUAGAGUCCAUAAAAUGAGAGAAUAUGCCGGUGACGUAAAAUGCGCACAAACCCACUUUAAACCAAAAAAUCAAUAAAGGGGAGGCCCCAUAUUUCCCUGAUUAGGUUUACUUGACCGUGAAUACAUGCAUCUCUCUCUUUCACAAGGAAAAAGAUAAAGUCGUUAUAAUAGUUAUACCUCUCCGCUUUAUUCAUCACAGUACCCUUGGAAGUUCGAUGGUGUUUCGCAAUAAGUCAGUGUCGUCGCACUUGGGAACGCGUUGAGAGUGUAGAGUGUGCGUGUAAAUUCAGUUUAAUUUGUGUUUACCUACUUUUUUCUUCCAAUUUUGGUGUGUUUUAAUUUAAAGACUAUUAUUUUGUGUGUGUUUGUUACUACUAACGUAUUAAAGGUAAGAAAAUGUAGUAGUUUUUUUAAAAGGUAUCUUACAGUGCAAAUUAAUAAACCAAAAGUGCAACUCCAAAGAAACAAAGAAUUUACAUUAACUUUAUUUUUGAAGUUUUUUGAUUUUAUUCAUAUUGUCUGUUUUUUUUUUCAAAACAUGUAAAAAUAAGAACGAAUGGUUAUUCAAAUCAUUUAGUUAGUUUAUAGAUCUAUGUAAAAUAUUUAACUGUUUUGUAGAUGUCGCCAGAGAAAUUAGGUACGAAAGGGCAAAUAAUACAUAGCCAGGGAAGAGAAAUUAUUGCUAAUGUAGCAGAGUUUAUGCAUAAAGAGGCAGAAGAAGGAUUAACUAUUCCUUUAAAACGCUUUAGAGAACGUACGUUGGCUGCUACAAAAAUAUCGAAAGUUACCUACCAAAAAAUAUUAAAGGAGUCGGCCAAUAUAAAAAAUAACCCCUCUUGUUCAUUCAGCAGUCCAAGAAAAAAGAGGCCCAGGAAAUCACGUAUACUUGACAUUACUUCGACGCAACUUAAAGAAAUUAGGAGCAUAGUUAAUGAUUUUUAUAUAGUGGAAAAAAGAAGGCCUACUCUCAAGUUAAUCCUACAAAAGAUCAUUGACCGAUCUGUUAUUCAUGAGCCUAUGAGUAUACCAUCCUUAGCAAAACUACUAAAGAGCAUUGGAUUUAGAUGGAAGAAGACAGAUGAUAAUAGAAAGGCCUUGAUGGAAUCAUAUGACAUACGUUUGAAGAGAAUAAAAUACUUAAAACAAAUUACCGAAUUUAAAAAUCAAGGUAGAAAUAUAGUGUAUACUGACGAAACCUAUAUACACAGUAGUCAUACUUCUGACAAAGGUUGGUUUGACGAAAGCCUAAGCGGUAUACGAAAACCCAUUUUAAAAGGACAGCGAUUAAUCAUCGUUCAUGCUGGAGGAAAAAAUGGUUUUGUUAAAGACGGUCUACUUAUAUUCCGCUCAGGUUCUAAAAGUGGCGAUUACCAUGACGACAUGAAUCAUGAAAAUUUCAUGAAAUGGGUGGAAACCCAAUUACUUCCGAAUUUGCCACCAAAUUCGGUCUUAGUUUUGGACAAUGCAUCAUACCAUAAUGUACAAGUAAAAAAAAAUGUUACCUCAGGAAGUAAGAAACAACUCAUAAUUGAUUGGCUUAAGGAGCAUAAUUUAGAACAUGACGAGAAAAUGACAAAAACGGAACUUUAUGAAAUAGUUCUUCAAAAUAAAAGAUUUUAUCCGAUAAAGUGCAAACUUGACGAACUAAUGGAAAGUCACGGACACUUAACUUUACGUUUGCCUCCAUACCACCCAGAAUUGAACCCCAUUGAAAAAAUCUGGACCACUGUUAAAAACUGGGUAGCAAGCAGGAACACAACUUUUAAGUUAGCAGAUGUAGAAGCUUUGACGAGGCAAAAAUUUGCAGAAGUAUCUGUCGAUGAUUGGAGAAGCAUUUGUGACCAUGUCGACAAAAUUGAAGACAAAUAUAUAAAAGAUCAUAAUCUUUUUGAUGAAACUUUAGAUUCUCUAAAAUUUACGGUAAACACUGGCUCAUCAGAUGAAGAUUUGGAAACGAGUUCCGACGAAUCAAUUAUCAGCAAUAUGGACAUUUUGUCAGAUAGUGACUAAUUUAAUAAUAUGAAUAUGUAUUAUAUGACCGUAAUAAUAUUAUGUAGUGUUUU